UUCAGUUCGCAAUUGAGCACGAUGUUCUUCUUCGGCCUGGGGAACCUGUUCUACGUCUCCCUUCUUCUCGUCAACGCGAUCGCCGUCCUCUCCGAAGACCGAUUCCUCGCUAGAAUCGGAUGGUCUGCGCAGAGUAUCAAUGAACCAGUUGGUUUCGGUGAUCCGAGUGGACAGAGUGUGAAAGCACGACUGGUGAACUUGAUCUCUGCGGUACGGACGUUGAUGAGAAUUCCGUUAAUUGUGGUAAAUACGAUUGUUAUUGUGUAUGAGUUGGUGUUGGGGUGAACGGAGAUGAGAGUUGGAAGAUGGAAGACGGAAGAGAGACACGAUACCCUUCAGCCUGUGCAGUAUGUUAUCACAGGGACAGCAUUGCUGGCGUUGAGGCAUUGCUUCAAGGAUUGGAGGAAACAGAAAUAUGGAGCGAAUAUGAUUUCGUCGCUCAUCGGCGGUUUCCGUGCAAAGUCAUGAUAUGUUGUCCUCGGCU